AUUAUUUCCAUCUGCUUGUGACUAGUUUUUAGCUUUUAUCUUAACUAGUAUUGUACCCGUGCGGUAUGUACAUUUAUCAAUUUACAAGACAAAAUAUUUUGAUUAAUCAACAUACAUAAAUGUAAUGGGAUGUCAAUGUAGCUAGAAAUUUGUAGAUUGAGCAGAACAAAUCGAGUAAUAAACAAUUGAAAUUUUAUUGGACAAUGCUAAUGAAAAACAAAGUCUAUGAAGCACCAGUACGUUUCUGAGGGUAGCGUCCGAGUAUUAAAACGAAAAAAAUACGAAUACGUGUAAAUACGUCUGAAAUACGUAUUUAAUACGUCUUUUUCGUUUUUUUCGUAUUUUUGUUUUUAGGGUUUGAGAAAUACGUUUUUAAUACGCCUGUUGACUAAAAAAUACGUUUGACCCAAUUUAAAAAAGAAAAAACAGAAGACCAAGCCUACUACGCGAAUUAGUUCUCUGAAUUUCUCAUCUCCUAAACCCUACAUAUAUGCAAGCGGCGCAAAUCCCAGCCCGUUCUCCGCCGUCGCGACUGCUGCCGCAGCUGUUCUGGAGCAGUUCAUGAAGCGGCGCAAAUCCCAGCCCGUUCUCCGCCGUCGCGACUGCCGCCGCCGAUGUUCUGGAGCAGUUCAUGAAUUGGAGUGUGAAUUGGGUAUAUAUUGGGGAUAUUCAAGAAUGCCACCUGAGCUGCUCUGUAGGGUUAUCUCUUCACUCCAAUCAACAAUUGAAGAGGGGUUUCCAUAUCAUAAUGAUCGGAAUAUCUUGCUGGCUGCAGCAAUUAUUUGCUUAACUAAGCUCUUUCUGUGUCUGCCUCAACGUGUGUCAACAAUAUGCUGCUGGGAGAAGUUUCAACAGAUCUUGCCUUUGGACAAGAACAAGAGGUCCGAAUACCUUACCUGUUGGUCCAGAAAGAAGGAGUCUACCCAGAGCGGAAUCUUACCAGAUCUGAAUAAGAGGAAGUGUCACCUUGGUGGCAUUAGAUAAGGCUUAGUAAGAAAGAGGAGCUCGGAGAACUAUUUCUAAGAUUCAGAGCGGAGCAUUGACUAAGCUCACCAAAACACACCUGAAAAGAAUAUUAGAACGUGGCGAACCUUAUACAAACCUAGACGGGGAUGGUUAUCUUCAUGAGAAUUGAGAUCAUCUGAACAAGAACGGAGAGGUACAGGUAAAAAGUAAGUAUAUACGGAAAAGGAGAAGUGCACCUGCGACCUUCCUUUUGGCAGGGACCGUCUCCCUUAACUAACAACUUGUCGGUUGACCUGGAAGAUAUCCUAAAGUAGAAAGGACACUAUUGCCCUUGCAUAUACUGAAGGAAGGAAAUGAUUUAACGAAAAAGCCCCUCCGCGUUGAGAUCGAAAAUUCCAAUAUUGUCCAUUAGGUCAUGCAAUCUAUAAAUAGCACGCAUCUUUAUUUUUGUAGGGGACUCGGUUUAAAAUUCUUACCUAAUCCUAUAGAAAAAUGACUAAGAAAAUACUCUAGGCGUUCUUAUUUGAAAUAUUCAACCGUUGGAAGAAAAUGAGGAAUAACCAAAAGUGUAAUACUCACGAAGAAGAAGAUAAUCUAAAAAGGGUGAAUACUCGAGUCAUCUUGGCAUUCCUAAACCAGGUUAGAUUUAAUUAGUUGAAGUCUUAGAAUAAGUGUUGGUAAGAACUGCAUUCACCAUAUAUAAAAAAAAAUAAGUCUAUAUAAUUAAGACGGAAGAAGUACGUAAUUGAUAUCUAUUUAUUUAUUUGAAAGUAAUAAAGACUUUACUAAAACAAUUCAAUUAAAACGUUAUAACGGGGACAAGGGGAGUGAUACCCUAAUUUAAUUCAAUUAAAAUAACAUUAUUUCUGUCUUUCAAAUGACUAUUCAUAUUUUUUUUAUCCGUCUCCUAAACGAGUAUCUAAAACAAUUUUUGGUUUUCGGUUUUCCUUACAGAAGGACUAGAUCGAUUUUUACAAGUGACCAUGUAACAUGUUAGAGGUUAUUUCUUCAUGAAAAACGAACUUAUUAGUUAACCAACUAAUUAUCUAUUAGGAAACCUGAUUUCUAGUCAAAGAUAACUCCAAAUAUAAUUAGUGCUCAUUUGAUUCAAGUAGAGGAAUAGAAAGGGAAUAAAAUCAAAUAAAUGAGUGAAAUGGUAACAAUAAUCAUUACUUUUAUUGAGUGUUUGGUUAAACAAUGGAAAUGAAUCAUUAGUAAGGGAUUCUCUUUCUUUUAUUUCCCCUCUAUUUUGAGGGGUAAUAAAUUGGGUGAUUGAGUUACCCUCAAAUAAGGGUAAUGAUUAACUCAUUACUCAAACCAAACAACAAGUAAUGAAUUCAAUUAAUUGAAUUCCUUUUCAACCUCUAAAAACACCCAACCAAACGUGGACUUAGUAUAACAUGGAUAAGUCAUACACAUGUCUCGGUAAAAGGGCUGGUAAAUACCUUUGAUCAUUCCUAAAAUAUCUAAAGUUUUUGUAGAAAGUAGAAACCAUUUAAAAUUAAAAUAUAAAUUGUUGUUGCCAAAGAAAUGUAAAGGAAUAAUAAUAAGAUGAUUAUUGUUAUAGAACCUAUUACUAAGCCUACAAAAGGCAGGUGGUCAAUAUCUGCAAAAAGAAGAUUCUGUGCUUCCCAUUUCAAUAGGAAUGAAUACUAUUAUUCCACUCAAUUAUCAACUAUAAGAAUGGAUGUGAUCCCUUACACUAUUUACAAUGUUACAUAACCUAAAAAGAUAUAAUGAAAAAAAAAAAAAAACAGCCUUUCAUAAGAAUCAGCCAG